AUGGAGAGCCACCUCCGCCGUUUCUCGAUGAAACUUUAUACGGUUCCUUUCGAGGAAAAAAAUAUUUUCGCUUUUAUCAAAAAUUCACAAGAAAGAGAAAUUGCUGAGAUGUUGUUUGGAUCAAUAUUGAUGAAGAAUUUAAGAGAUUAUUCCGGAGGAGGAUAUCAAUUUGCACUCGAUUUUUCUCAUAGAUUCCAAGUGAUUUAUAGAAAGAUGGAAGAUAAAUUGAAUCGAUUCGAAUCGCCCGAAGAAGCAAUCAAAGCAAUGGUUAGAAUGGGAGGAGACAAAUUAUAUUUUCAAAUGCAGUUUUUCGAUGUUAUUAUCAGAAAUAUGGUGCCGAUUAUCGAUUAUUCUAAAACCUCUGAUAAACUUCUCAAUGAUGAUAUUCUUAAUUUUUUGUAUGAUAUCUGUGAGUUAUUUUUCCGAUUUGAUUCUUUUAUAUUUUACCCAGAGAAAUUGAACAAUUUUUGAAAUAUACAUUUUUUACAGCUCCACAAUACUGGAAAGAUUGCAAAUUCCGAUUCGAUGGCUUGAACGACAAUUUUCAAAUGCACUAUUACAUUGUGAAGGGAAUCAUCUAUGCUGCUGCUCGAUUGGUUAUUGACACCUUCAGAUAUUUUCAUGAUUAUCAAACAAAAUCGGGUUUAUUCACAGGAUUCACCAAUCUGAAGGUAUUUUUAAAGGUUUUUUUUGAAAAUUAAACUACAUUUAUUUUUAUGUGUAUCCUAAAAUUUUGAAUUCCAUCUUUUCAUUUUUUUUGUCAAGCUAAAUUUUCUUUGAAAAAAUCAUUUUCCAGAAAAUUUUGAACAAAGACCUGAAAUUUGAUAAGAAUCAAAAAUGUUUUUGUUUUCAGAAUAAGCACAUGGAAUUGGAACAAAAUGCGAAUGUGGAGCCGGGAGUAAUUGAGAAUGAUAGUGAACAUGUUGAAGAUACGAUGGAAGUUUCAGCUGAAGUUCCGAACUCACCACAAUUUUCAUCGGAUCAACACGAAUUUGAUGAAUUCGCACAAUUAGUCGAAAAUUCGACCCGAAUUGAUGUGGAAUGCAAGUGGAUGUUUAAAGAAUUAUGGAAGAUCAACAAGGAAAAGAAGAAGGAACUCGAACAACUUUGAAAAAUGUUUUAAUUGAAAAUUCGUUUUGUCAAAUAUUUUUUUGUUUUUGUAAAUGAAUUCUAUUGUUUUUUAAUUUCUGAAAGUUUGGUUGAUACUCGGUUUUUAUGAGCCAAAAGAAUUAUCUUCUGAUUCGAAAACACAUUUUUAUGGAAAACUUCGAUGGAAAAUAUAGGAUUGGCGGGUUGUUUAUUGUUUUCAGAAACGAAUCUUGAACUUAACUUUUUAUGACAUUUCAGAUGGUCGAGCAACAAAAAUCAACCGAAAUUCCUGAAUCUCAAGGUGAGUUUUUUUGGGCUAAUGGUUUCGAAUAAAUUUACUGAAAAUUAGAAAAUAGUUCGUUUAAAAAUUGAUCAAAAGUUUGCAAUUUUCGUGGUUCUUUCUGCUGACAUAAGUCCAAAAUCCCAUUUUUUUGGUAGUUUUUUGAAUGUGAAAAGGAAUUUGAAAUCAGUAUUUUUCGGUGAUUUUUCAUUCAAAACCAAGAUAAAAUCUAGUGUUUCCUAUGAAUCUAGAAAUUUUCAAAUUCCACAAAACACAAAACAAAUCUAGUUUUCAGAUUCUUCACUUCUUCCCAAAAUUGCUCAAUAAUUAUCGAUUGAUUGGAAUACUGUUCUUAUAUAAUUGUGAGUUUUUUAUUCUUCUAAAAAAUCUAGAAUUUGGGGGAUACUGUAGCCUACAGUAACCUCAAAAUGUUAUAAAAAUUUCUAUAUUUAUUUUGUUUUUCAAUAUCUAAAUUUUUUCAGAUUCUGCUCUACUUUGA